AUGUUGCGGCCGGCAACCCCCAUGUCGGUGCUGCUCUUUGCGGCCUUCGCCUUGCUUCUGCUGUCUACCCUAUCGACCCCGAUUAUUAAGGCUAUUCCGCUGGGUAGUUUCAAGGGAGCCAACUUUGGAGUCUUUGGCGUUUGUAAGGCAGACGGCACUUGCGAAGGCCCUGAGAUUGGUUAUGACACGACACGAGUUUUUGGAGCCGCGGAUAGUAAGGGGGCCUUUGACCUCCCAGACUCUGCCCGAAACACUCUGUCAGCCAUCUUGAUCGUACAUCCUGUCGCUGCCCUCGCGACUCUCAUCAUGUUCAUCAUGGCUGCCGUCGCUCACCUUCACUCGCCCUCUCAUUCUGCGAGAUACCUUCUCGCCCUCUUCAUCUUCUCUUUCAUCGACUUCCUCAUCUGUCUAUUGGCUUUCCUCGUUGAUGUUCUCCUCUUCGUCCCCCACAUGGCAUGGGGCUCAUACAUCGUCCUUGCCGCUACCAUUCUUGUCGGAAUGAGCGGUUUGGUCUCGUGUGCUAUGCGCCGCAUGUUGGUCAGCAGAAAGGCCAGGAAGAAGAGAAUCGCCGAGAACGCUGAGAUGAGCGGAGAGAAUUACUACAACCGCGAGGCUCAGGUAAAGACUGCUGCGUCGGUCGCCUCUCAGCCUACUGUUCCCGUUGUCAGCGGAGGAAACGGCAUUGAUAAGAUGCCGACCUUUGCCUCAUUCGAAUCUCAGAAGAACAAUGACCAGGUCAGCGAUGAACGUAUCCCUCUCACAGCAAGAAGUCCGGUCAAUGGCUCUCAAGGCGUCAUGACUGCUAGCGAUGCUCCUCCUUCACGAUCUGGUUCUGUCCCGCCGAUUCAGAGAGAUCCUUAUGGAAACCCGCUGCCGCCUCAAGAUGGAUUUGGCCCAAGAAGAGGUCCCUCGCAGGAGCGCAUGAGAGGUAGGGGCGGUAUGCCUCCUGGAGGAUUCAGAGGGCGCGGUGGUGGCUACGGUGGCAGAGGCGGAUAUGGUGGCUACGGCCCUCCGCCGCCAGGAAGAGGUGGCUAUGGAGGUCCUCCCGGACGAGGAGGUUAUGGUGGCCCUCCGCCUGGUGGUCGAGGCGGGUAUGGCCCGCCACCCCCUCGCGGCGGCUUUGGACCAAACAGUAUGAGAGGAGGCCGACCACCUCCGCCAGGUUAUCAACCCGGACCUGGUGGUCCCGGAGGUCCUGGACCGUACGACCGUCGUCCAAGCCCAGCCAACGGCUACGGUGGUCCUCCUCCUGGCGGCCCCUACGGACGUCGUUCCAUGGAUAUGGCCCCGGGUUACACCAGUUCGAACAACCUCACAAACCCUUCUCUCCCAUCUAUCCCUCAACAAGAGCAGGGCUAUGAAGCCUACAACCCUCAGCGUCAGAGCUUGCCGAGAGCUGAAUCACCUCCGCCUCUCCCUGGCCACGACGGACAGCCAAUGGUUGGCCAAGCGGUUGAGAUGGACGCCGCUACAGGAAGCCCUGCGCAUCCACCUGCGGGUUUCGGUCAGUUCCGUGACAGUGAUGCUGACAUUGCCGGCAUGGUCGGGCUCCAGCAGCAGCAAAACGGCGGAAACAGGUCUCACCCUCAGAGGCACGACACGUACAUGAGCGAGGCAAGCAGGUACAGCCAAGACGAUGCCUAUGUCCCACCUCGUCAGGCUUGGAACCAGAACCAGGCCUCAUCACGCACGGCGUCUCCGCUGCAACAGCAACGCUCUGCUGAGAUGCUCAACCGAAGCUCGCCUGCGCCAGCAGCCAGCGAUUAUUACGAAGAUGUCGAUCCGCGCUUCGCGGACGCGCCAGCACCGGCACCGGCUCAAAGAGCAGGUCCCCCGCCUGGCCUUCAGGUACCUCUACCCGCGCCCAAUAUGUAUGAUGACGCUCAUGCGGAUGCCGGUGCACGUAGUCCUGGCGCCGAGUCUGAUCUGUCCAACUUCACCUCAAUAUCCCAGAGAGGGGUAAACCCGAGGUGGAAUCCUGCGCCGCCAAUGCCAGGGUAUGGUCAGCCGAUGCCACCCCGACGACCCGUCCAACAGCGAAGGCAAGACAUGCUCUUGAACAACAACCCCGACUUUGAGCUUCCAGGCAGUCGCCUCGGCCCCCCAUCCCGAGCAGGAGGCACCGGCAUGAUACCCGGCAGUGCGUAUCCGCAAGGCCUAUAA